AUGGGUAAUUAUCUUUCAGUUCUCAAAUCCCAGAGUCCGCCGCUAAAGGUCGUGACGCCACCGCCAGAUCAACCCGACCUCACGCCCGUUCCCCAGUCAUGGCAUGAGUUCGACGAAGAAGCCUCAGAAUGGAAACCAGUGGAAAAUGUCACUAAUGACAGCCUACGAGACGAACCGACUCGGAACUUUGACCCCGAUUUGAAGUUGACGAUAGCCACAUGGAACGUCGACGCAUUUGCCGAGCGUUCCGCCAAACGGCUGUCUUACCUCUUGUCCAGGAUCCUUGACCACGCGCCGGUUCCGGACGUCAUCUUCCUCCAAGAGGUGAACAAGGGCAUGGUGCCCCUAAUUCUGAUGAAUCAGCAGAUUUGCGACGGGUGGUAUUCCAGCGAGAAAGACGCGGUCAACUGGGGCGGCCAUCUAUUCGCGACCAUGACGCUCGUGUCGAAGGCGCGGUUCGGACACCUGGGGAGAGCUCAGUACGGGGCUCUUGGGCAAGUUUCGCGCAUCAAGUACCGGUCGUAUUACGGCAGAGACGCACUUUGCAGUGAGGUAUUUCUGCCGUCUAAUCCCUCAUCAAUCCUCCGGCGGCCUACAUUCAAGCGCAUCGAGAUCAUCAACGUACAUCUGGACUCGCUUGCCAGGAUCCCGUCUCUGCGUCCUCAUCAGCUUUGGCUUGCGUCGAAGAUACUCCGUGAGGCGGGCCACGGCCUGGUCGCGGGAGACUUCAACCCGGUUCUUCCUGAGGAUGAAACGCUCAUCGAAGGGAACCAUCUUGUCGACGCUUGGAAGGCUGUCCAUGGUGAAGAGCCUGGAUACACUUGGGGAGUUGACAGGACCGCGCCGUUCCCGCCCAAUCGAAUGGACAGGGUUGCGAUGGUGGGCCUGACGCCUGUGCACAUGGAGGUGAUGCAUCCAGAUACCAUCGUUGUUCAAAGUCCUGAGGUCACCGAGAAAAACGUCCCUUGGAGUGACCACUCAGGCUUGAAAUGCACUUUCACGAUCAAUCCAUGA